CCUACAUGAAACUCCUCACCGUUGCUUAAAAAUCUAUUUUGUUGUAUAAAAUGAGACAUCUCAAUUGUGUUGUAUUAGUCGUGGUAGUAUUAGCCAUGCUUUUAUGUGUCCAACCGGCUGAAAGUAGUCGAUUAUUGAGUGAUCAAGAUAUGAGAUUAAAGAAAAGAGGCAUUUUUCUGCAUGCACUUCAAAGGGGUCCUGUCCCUCCUUCUGGACCAUCAGGUUGCACCAACAUCCCCGGAGGUGGCGGCUCCGGCUGCCCAAUCAGGGAAAUGCACUUGGCUGGUGGCGGCACGCAGCCUUGAGCUGCUGCCGAUUCACAACCCAUGAAUUUAU